ACAAAGUUUUGGUCUCAAAGGUCCAAUGGUUCUUCUUCCUUCUGAGCUGUCAGCUCCUCCAUUUUCACUCUCGGAAGCUUGAAAGGUGAACAACCGUAAAAUGGGAAGGCCUCAAAGAAGGAGCGGAGCCACCGGCGGUGACGAUCAACUUCACGCCGCCGCUAGAAACGGCGACUUGAGUUCCGUCAUUUCAAUUUUGGCAUCUAACCCUUCGUCUGUCAAUUCCAGAGAUAAGCACUCCCGGACUCCACUGCAUUUGGCAGCAUGGUCUGGACAAGCAGAAGUUAUAAAUUAUCUAUGCAAGAACAAGGCCGAUGUUGGUGCUGCUGCCAUGGAUGAUAUGGCUGCAAUACAUUUUGCAUCUCAGAAGGGACAUUUAGAAGUAGUUCGUACUUUGAUCUCAUGUGGUGGAUCGGUUAAAGCUUCUACUCGAAAGGGUAUGACCCCACUGCACUAUGCCGUGCAAUGUUCACAUUUGGAGCUUGUUAAGUACUUAGCAAAGAAAGGUGCAAGCUUGAGUGCUAGAACAAAGGCAGGACAAACCCCUCUUGAUUUGGCUAGCAAUGAAGAAAUCCGCUUGUUCUUGGAAGAACAGGAAAAAACAUCUAAGAAAGGAGAACUCAAAGAUAAAGGGAAAGUUGGGACAACUCAUUCGCAGCCAACAGUGUUGGGAGAAGAUGAGGCACCCACUGCAAAGGCGAACGAAACUGAAAAUGAAGAAGAUUUGGCAGUUGAGCAGCCAAAGAGGCAGAGCAAUGAAGAAGACCAGGGGGACGAACAAUCAAAGAGGAAGAUUGAUGGGGCUGCUGGUGAGGAAGCCUUGCCAAAACCGAAGAAGGCGAAAGUUGCCCUUGGCCAUCUUCUAACAUCGGAUGACACACAAGAGGAUGAUGAAAACUCAUAAAAAUGGCGUCGAGUUGUCUGUGUAACCAACAUUAUUGUAAUAACAUCAACACACCUUAAUCCUUACAGUCCCUUCUCCAUAUGUUUAUUAUUAACUCCAUGAUUUUAGAUAUAGACCUUUGAAAGUAACAUAUUUCUCUUUUGGUCUUGAAGACCUCAUAGACCAUAGUCUAUCCUUCACAUCAAAGAUUUGAUACAUGUUA